AUGAUCGCAGCUGAUAUAAAUAUUUUGCAAUCAAAGUUUACCACCCUCUUCAAAACCUCUAGAAAUCGAGUGCAUUUAGCAUUUUUGCAACAGUUUAGCAAUGCCGUUAAUUCAUUCCAACAUGAAUGCCAGUCAGUAUUAAAAGAAUUCGAAUUGAGAACAAUAAACUUCUUGGUGGUCAGAAAUGUGCACAAAUGUUCAUGUAAUACGAAAAUUGGUUUAUGGAUUGAAGAAAUAAAUGAUUUUAUCUAUAAAUUUGAAGACUUAAAAAGGUCUCUUGCUAUUCUACAAAGUAUUUUUGAAUCGUCAUGCAGGCUUGUAUAUCAUGUGUACCAUGAUAAUCAUUUUUCAUUUGAAUACGCUCAAGAUGAAAAACUGACGUAUCUAUUAGACAGAUUGAAAAGCCUGACAGGAUGGUUAAAUCUGGCAGCUACGGGGAAUGAUAAUUCUAAGCCGACUGGAGUCAAUGCACACGAUGUUAAAUAUCGUUUUAAGUAUUCGACUUUGAUAGAAGCCUUAGAUUUACAUCGUGAUUGUUACCAGUCCUCCUACUGUCCAAUACCAAUUAAUGAAAAGUGUCUGUCGAUACAGAAUUUACAAUGUGUUCAUUACACUGAUAGGUCACUAAUAUGGGCCGUGAGAGAAUAUGAACAAGGCUGUUUCAACAACCAAUCACAGCAAACUUAAAUGUGGACAAAUAUGAUUCGCAGACAGAUGGCUCUACUUUCCGAGAAAUAUCGAAAACAACCAAUCAUAAGACUGUGUUUGUCUGCUUAACUUCCGAGAAACAACCAAUCAGAAGACUGCCUUUUUCUGCUUGCAUAAGCC